UCAGAAAAAAAAAAACAAAAUCUACGCAAAGCAAAUUCGCCAAGGCGAACCUCAGAAAUAGAAAGUCAGUGGAGGGAUUUUCAGCGACGUGGGGAAAACUUCCAGAGACAGAUACGGGAGAUGCAGCAACGCGAGCAGGAUUUACAAAGGAAACUAAGAGUGGUUAAAGAACGUUAUCAGGACUCUAAAAGCCACCUAACGGAUAUUGAACAACAUGAACAAAAUAUGCAGCGGCUAUUGAGAGAGCUUCAGGAACGAGAAAAAAAUUCUCAAAGGCAACUGAUAGAGUUUCAACAACGUGAAAAAAAUAUGCAGCGGUUGUUGAGAGAGCUUCAGGAAAGAGAAGAAAAUUCUCAGAGGCAGCUGAGGGAGUUUCAACAACGUGAAGAAAAUUCCCAGAGGCAGCUGAGGGAGUUUCAACAACGUGAAGAAAAUUCCCAGAGGCAGCUGAGGGAGUUUCAACAACGUGAAGAAAAUUCCCAGAGGCAGCUGAGGGAGUUUCAACAACGUGAAGAAAAUUCCCAGAGGCAGCUGAGGGAGUUUCGACAACGUGAAGAAAAUUCCCAGAGGCAGCUGGUGGAGUUGCAGCUGCAACUGAGGGAGAUAGGACAGCAGUUGACCAAUUGCCGAAGACAAGUUUCUGAACUACAGUUAAGUCUUUCAACAGCACAGGAAACAAUAAAUCAAUUGCGGAACCAGGAAACACGUGACUGGGUUAUUCCCCGGGACGAAAUUCAAAUCACAGGGAAAUACCUUGGGAGGGGAGGAUGGGGAAUUGUCAAUGAGGGAACGUAUUGUGGCUGUUCUGUAGCAGUGAAACAGAUCCAUGAGUUGAUUCUUUCUCCUCAUAACAUAAAUCUAUUUGAAAGAGAAAUGAAUAUCGCUUCUAAAUGCCGCCAUCCUCACUUACUACAGUUCAUCGGCGCCACGAAAGAUGAGGGAACUCCUCUGUUUGUGACCGAGCUGAUGGAGAAAAGUCUGCGCACUUUGUUGGAGCAGCGGCAACUCUCCGAGACAGAAAUAGCCGUCAUUUCUCUGGAUGUAGCACGUGCCCUGAACUACCUUCAUCGAAAGAAACCAGAGCCUAUCAUUCACCGUGACGUCAGCAGUGCGAAUGUGUUGCUAUGGCGACAGGGUGACCAAUGGAGAGGCAAAGUGUCAGAUUAUGGCACUGCUAAUUUCAUGCAGCAGACAAUGACAGUAAAUGUAAAUGUAAAUGUCGCGAUUGAGAGGACAAACAUACAUGUCCUCUUUACAUAGCUUUACAUAGCUCCUGGAGCUAUGAUUUACAGCGGACCUGAAGCACUUACAUCAAACCAAACAGUCAAGGUAAGUUUUAGUCACUGUUCAGGGCUGUUAACAUUAACAUAAGAAUUAAGUGACCCUUACCCAUGCAUCGUAUCGGUCGUGGUUUCUUCUUUCCAUUGUCAUCGUCGUGGAUCACGGAAGAAGUGGCCGCGUUAGUUUGUUGGCUUUAUAAUGGCACAGUGUUAUGUUUUGUUAUUGUUGUUUUUCUUUUUUAAGCUGAGUAGAAAACUGUUGUACCUGUUUAGCCUCUUGACUUAUGCAACGGACAGUUUUAUUGCAAAGUGUCCUGUUGAAUUUCUCGUUUUAUAAGAUACCUGUAAAUCUGUUCAAAAUUAGUCAAGUAUCUGCCAUUUUUGGCGGUGAUUUUGCCACAACGCCCAUAUUUAGCUCAUUGUUUAAAAUUAACCAAAUCCAUCGGUGAGCACCGAAAUCUGGUCUUAAUUGUGCUCUUAAACGGCGAAAUUUCAAUCAUCCCUUCUAUGAGCUCCCUCGUGCUCUGACCGCAUUUUCGCGCGCUCAAAUGCUCCCCUAUCCUACGCUUGUAAGUUAUCAGUCAACCUCAUUUAGACCAUCUCAUCAGUGAAUUGGUUCCGGUGCAGCUUUAAGACAUUUAGCCGCUACAACAUGUAGAUUAUAUAAAUAACGAGACGCCUAAAAGUUGUCCCUGUAGGAUAAAAGGCGGAAAAAUGUUAUUUGAAAACGGUUUUUCCGGUCUGUCUACAGUCCCCGUAUAAUCGCUAUUUUUGCUCAAAAUCUCGCUCAUAGAUUCUUAUAUUAAAGAGCUUUUUUGCCUCCAAAUGGACCCCAGUGUUUAUCCGCAACGGUAAUUCUCCGGUUUGGGUCUCAGAGGACUCACUUCAGCUGUUUUGAACAACUGCCCUGAAUAAUACCCCUGCAAUGAAAACCUAGCCUGCGUUGAAGACGUAACGUAACCAAACCCAGUAAGUAACGUCUGCGAAACAGGGCCUAAAUUCUUUGUUCUAAGCCUCCACCAUUGUAUCAAGAUUUUAGUACGCGCCAUGAUUGGCCUGUUAAAGAAGCCAUUGCCAAUUUACCAAUCAUUUUGAAAGGAAAUUCGAAACACUCUUCCGGUGAUUCGUUGAAUCCAUAGGGGUCCAGAACAAGGAUCUCACCGCUACUUUGCAGACUUUUCUAACCGGGGUUAGAUAACGUCCUCGACGCAGGCUAUUAAAAGCAAACCUCGUUGGAUUUUUACUAACUGCAGCAGGAUUAGCUCAGUCGUUGACUGAAGAGCGGGAGUUGAGGGUUCAAUUCCCGGUCGGACCAAUACUUAAGGUCUUAGAAAUGAAGGCACUCCUUUACACUGCAAGCGGCUGGACCUUCGCGUGUCUUGGAUGACCAGGUAAAAUGGCGAUCGUGUGUCCAUUUGGAGACGUUAAAAUAGUGUCCCCAAUUAGUACUUUCCUGCUAAAUACCUUGACACUCAGGUAAAUUGCAUUUUUUUAAACAAUAUUGACUUCUUCAAAUUAUGUUUUAUUGUUGCUAGGUUGAUGUCUACAGCUUUGGUGCUCUUCUUUGCGAAAUGUGCAUCCGGCAGCUUCCAGAUCCUCAAAGGCGUAACGAACAAGUGGUGCUGGUAACGAACGGUGUGUUUCGUGGCCUGGUGUGGCGAUGCAUGCAAAGAGAGCCUGGGGCGAGACCAACCAUGCAGGAGAUAAUCGAUGAACUGAAAGACUUCGAUCCAACUUCUUAA